AAUGCGCCGGUUUUCGUAAGCGGAUACUCUCUCGUGUACUUAUAUCUGGAAAAAAUACGCUCGCUGUCUUGGCAGUUCAGUUUGACCGCCGUUCCUGGGACCUACGGAGGCUACCACGUUGCUGUUUGGUGUGGUUUUUCGGGUUUUCCUGUUUGCUGGAGGUCUUUGGAUCUGACGUCGCAUUGCUGAGUGCACUUGUUGCCACGAAGAUUGAUUUUUUUGCUGCAGAAAAUGGAUGCGUUAAAAAACGGCUGGUUCAGCGAAAUCAACGACUUAUGGCCCGGAAUCUCACAAUCCUUAGAAGUUGAAGAGGUCCUUUACAAUGGACAUUCAAAGUACCAACACAUUCUCGUCUUGCAGACGAAAUCCUAUGGCAAAGCUUUAGUCCUCGACGGCAUAAUUCAGUGCACGGAAAAGGACGAAUUCUCCUACCAAGAAAUGAUCUCUUUUCUACCGCUCUGCUCACACCCUAACCCCAAAACGGUUCUCAUAGUUGGCGGUGGUGAUGGUGGAGUUGCUCGCGAGGUGGCCAAGUUCCCUAAAAUCGAGAAGGUCUACCAAGUGGAAAUCGACGAAAAGGUCGUCGAGGUGUCCCGAAAAUAUUUGCAAUUCAUGGCCACAGGCUACGACCACCCGAAAGUCGAGCUUGUUAUCGGCGAUGGCUACAAAUUUGUCGAGGAACACAAGCACAGCUUCGAUGUCAUCAUAACAGACAGUAGCGACCCCAUAGGACCGGCCACUUGUCUCUUUGAGGAGCCCUACUUUGUCCGUAUGAAGAAUGCGCUAAAGCCCGGUGGUAUCAUUUGUACCCAAGCCGGUACCUACUGGUCAAACCUCGAUCAGAUCAAGCGUACCUUAAAUCACUGCAAAGACACAUUUCCCAAAGUAGGUUAUGCCAUAUCGUCAGUGCCCACUUAUCCUACGGGACAAAUUGGCUAUAUGAUGGGUAGCCUGGAUGAGACAAUAAACUUUAGAGAGCCGAAAACUGUGUUCACGGAUGCGGAGCUUGACAAGAUGAAUAUGCGCUAUUACAGCGAUAGGGUACACAGGGCAAGCUUUGAGCUGCCUAGAUUCGUUGAAAAAGAGCUUGACCUGUGAUGCAUAACUGUGUAAUAUUAUUAAGGCUGUACUGGUUCAAAUCUAAACAACAGAGUGUAAUUUUGAUGGGACAUAGUAUUACGACUUAGUCUAAAAGUGUAAGUGCACUCUGAAGAAAUCCGAAUCUACCAAUCAUAGGACAUUCGAAUGGAAUAAGGCUUGCAGAGAUUAUAUUUUGAAUUUUUGAUGCAACGCAUAAUAAGAAUAAAUAUAGAUGAGUUACAUCAAAUAGUUGACUUUUAAAAAUUUUUUCAACUACCUACUUUCAACUUAUUCGUCAAUAAUUUACACCUUAAAUAAGUUCAAAUAAUCAAAAUUUUAUAUGAAUUACUUUGAUGACUCACGUAUGGGUCACUGUAGAUCACACCAAAUUAAAUUUUCAUCGUUAGCAAUCAUAGCAUUAUUCAAACUAAAAUUAACAGUUCUGUAACCUAAAUUAUUUAUUAAUUAGUACUUUUUAAGUCAUCGGUAUGCAGCAAAAUACCUUCCAAAAUUUGGAACAAUGCGGUUAUUUUUAAAAUUUAGAAACAAGAAAGGUAAU